AGUGCUACCAACAGUAUCAAUAGUACAUCUUUUGUAGGUUUACUGGAAGCGUUAAGAGAGUAUACCUUUAAAAAUAAUUUAAGGGACUUUUAAAUUUAACUGGACCUUAGGAUCCACUCAUGAACCUCUAAAGCUUUAUUCUAAAAGUGAAAUGAUGGUAGAGCACAUGCACAUUCCCAGGCGAAAUACACAGACUAAAGGUAUAAAACAUGUCCCCUUGAUGGCACCACUCUGAGGAAAAGUGCUGAAUGAUACCUUUAUUUCUGAGAGUGUAGGUUCAGGUGUAAUCUAUGCCUGCAGGGUUUUAUUGUUUACUGCACUAAUUUACUGAAGUGUAUGCAUCGCUUCCGGUCCGCUGUGCGCAGUGUUGCGUGCGCUCUCCGGGGGUAGGCGGGGAAGAAAUGAGGAAGUUUGCAGACUUCUUUUUCUUUAGAUCAUUUCCCCCUGAUCAAAAGCGUUCUUUAAAUUCUCCCUGUCGCUCAGAAGUGGAGUGUGUGUGCGUGCGUGUGUGUGCGUGUGUGUGUGUGUGUGUGUGUUUAACCGGAGCGCGUCUGCCCAGAGAGCGCGCUGUACAGGGACACAUGGAGGAGUGUUUGAACAGAUCGUGCCCGUGUCUCCGGUCACUGUGGGACCGAAUGUUCAAAAAAGACAAAAGUAACGUCGGGCUCGAGAGGAAAGGCUCGAACAGCGGUGACUUCAAACCGGACAGUGAUCCGGAGGGCGCCGUGUACAUAGCAUUAUGGGCUUUCCAAGCGCGCGACAGCGACGAGCUGUCGUUUGACGCGGGAGAGCGGUUCCGCGUGGUGACGCGCGCGGGGGAUUGGUGGACCGCCGCCAAACUGGACGCGAGCGGCCGCGUGCUCGCCACCGGAGUCGUGCCGCGCAGUUACCUGGAGCGCGCCGAAUCGGUUAAGCUGCAACCGUGGUUCUUUGGCAAAAUGAACCGAAUUGAGUGUCUCAGUCACCUCCUGACAGAUCAAAACAAAGAUGGGGCUUUCCUGGUGCGAGUCAGUGAGACUGACAAUGUGGGCCAUGUACUCUCAGUUAAGGUAAACAACAAAGGAAAGCACUUUAAGAUCUAUCACUCAGCGAAUGGAUUCUACGUGGACGAGUCCUGCAGGUUCUCCAGUUUGCUGGAGCUUGUACAAUACUAUCAGAGUCAUCCUCUGGCCACUUUGGACAGACUGGGAAAGCCCUGCGUCAGGAGAAAGCCCAAGCACCAUGACCUGUCUCACACCACAGUGGACAUGUGGGAACUUCCCAAAGAGGACUUCAUUCUGGAGGACAAGCUGGGCAGCGGUUACUUUGCUGAUGUUUAUCGGGGCAAGUGGAAGAACCAAACCUACGUGGCCAUCAAAGUUCUCAAGAACAACGAGUCUCUGAACCAGCAUACGUUUCAGAUGGAGGUUGAAGUUUUGAAACAGUUGCGUCACAACCACCUUAUCUCACUCUUUGCAAUAUGCACUUCCUCCAUCCCCUAUUACAUCAUCACUGAGUACAUGGAGAAGGGAAACCUACUGGAUUUACUCCGUAGUCCAGAGGGCAAUGCUUUAGACCUGGAAAUUUUGACUGACAUGGCAUUCCAGGUGGCUGAUGGGAUGACUUACCUGGAAGAUCACAAUAGUAUUCACAGAGACCUGGCAGCUCGCAAUGUUCUUGUUAGUGAAGGAUACCUGUGCAAGGUGGCUGACUUUGGUUUAGCGCGAAUUAUCAAGGAGCCGAUCUAUUUGUCUAAUGAUAAAAAGAUUCCAUUCAAGUGGACAGCUCCUGAAGCUAUCGAACAUGGCAUUUUCUCGAAUAAAUCUGAUGUCUGGUCUUUUGGCAUUCUCUUACAUGAGAUUUAUUCUUACGGUGCAAAUCCGUAUCCAGGUAUCGCUAAAAAAGCUGUAUUUGAGGACAUCAAACGUGGCUACAGGAUGCCUGCUCCUUCCAAAUGUCCUCACUUCAUCUACAAGAUUAUGCAGUCCUGUUGGAGCAAGCAGCCAGAGGAUCGGCCAGAUUUUAAGAGGCUGAAAUCUGAGCUUCAGGAGUGCAUUGACCGCAUCGUUUAGCUCUAUAUAUCCCGUAUGUAUAUAGUGUACAUAAUUUUUUUUUCAGUGCAAUGUACAGUGUGUGAUAUGGUUUUUGACUUCGUAAAGUUGCUGUGUAAAGUUUGUUUAAUCUCUUACGGAUUUAAGACAGUAGCACACAAAAUGUCCUAGUAUAUUAAUUGUAUACAUUGUAUUAACUGUAAUUAUAUAAAGUGUAUUAAUUGUUAUAUAGACAUCAUGUAAUGGUGUAAAGUACAUGAGAAGCUGCUGUAAUGAUAUUGUCAAGAUGUUAAAAACCUGGAACAGUUCCAGUUUAACAAGCACAAUGCACUGUAAUCAUCAGCAACAGUAAAAUGUGUGAUUCUGCUUUAAGAUAUGUUCUUAUUGUCAUGCACUGACACUGUACAUGAUAAUGAGAACAGAGUUUUAAUGGAAGCAUAUUUCAUUAGAUUUGUAUUAGCAUAUUUCAUUAGAACAAUUUAAGUAAUUGUUGACAUAUUUUCUUAAAUACAGUUAUUUCCUUGCACUUGCGGUAUGUGAGUGUAGACAUUUUUCUCCAAACCAGAACUCAAUCAUUGCAAAAUCGACUUAUAGGCUAAAACACUGGCUAAAGUAGUGAUCAUGAAAAGACAAAGCACAUGCUUUUGGGUUCAAGUUAAAGCAUAAGCAGAUUUCAAAAUGGGCUAUCCUUACAGCUUAGGCUUCAUAUAUUUAUGGGAUGGAACAGUGCUUUUGAAACAUUAGCAGUGUUUAAAUAAUACAGCCUCUGAUAAAGUAAAGGACGUUGGCUAACAGAUUAUAGAAAGAUCAGAUUACUUCUUGUUAUUUUUUUUAAGGAUGGCUGAAAAACUGGGGAACACACAUGCUUAAUGACUGAAAAACAUAAACUAUUGACUAGAAAACUCAUUACCCAACUUAUAACUUGGUGAAAUGUUUUUUUUUUUUUUAAUUAGCUCAUCUCAACCGAUUGAUUUAAGCCAUAGUUUCUGAACCUUGAAGUACCCCAGGUCCUACAGGGUUUUCAUUGCUCCCAAUACACUUAAUCCAAUUAAUCAGCUAAUUAACAGUCCUUCCUGGGUUGAAGUGGGUGUGUUAGAGCAGUGAAACACUAAAAUGUGCAGCACAGAGUGUACUCCAUGACCAGGGUUGAGGAUGUGUGAUUUAAGCUUAAAGCAAAUGCUGCUCAUGCUCCUGCUCCUGCAGCAGAUUAAUUAGUAUGUUUUCCAAUAAGGUGCUUCAUGCGGUCUUGAAUGCCUGUGCACUCUUUUACUAUCUGCCUCCUGUAUUUAUUUUUAAUGAUAAUUACUAUUUUGUGUUCUAUUGACAUUAUGUGUUUAGAUUUUAAUUGUUGACAGGCAAAAAAUAUUGCCAAUUUAGGUUCUUAGGCUGUAGUCUAUAUUUAUGGCAGACUAGGAACUGUUGCAGUGGAGGUUGCUGUACAAACAUCACUGAUUGUGCUUCACAGAAUGAUCAACCCUGUUACCUGUGUUUAACUAUCAAGGUAUUCUUUGCACUUCAGAUGUGCAUGACUGCUGCUGCUUUAAAAAUGUAUUAACAUCAUAUUCCUGCAACAAAAGAAAAACAAUAAAGCACUUACAC